AUGUUGCAGAUCAGCCUGAUUGGAUGCGAGUGUUUUGCUCAACCUUAUGAGCUUCGUCGUGAGUUGGGUUCGAAGGCUCAUAAGUUGCAUGCAGUUGGUUUGUUGCUGCAGCAGCAGCAGCAGAAGCAGAUACAGCAGCAGCAGCAGCAGGCAUUAAAGAAUUCUCCUGGAUCAGCAGCAGCAGCAGCAGGGAACAGCAGCAGCAGCAGCAAAUCAGCAGGAGGAGGAGGAGGGGGGAAGCUAAGCUUAGGGUUACGUCGUUAUAUACGUCAGCAGCAGCAGCAGCAGCAGCAGCAGCAGCAGCAGCGUUGUUUUAAAUUAGCAGUACAUUUAUUUUGUUGUUUUUCUAUCCAUCCUCUUCGUCGUGACGCUACACGAUUAAAUUCAAUUUUAUUUAAUGUUGGCCUUGUUUGUAUUUCUUCCUGCGGUACUGUUCUCUUCUCUUAUAAUGCAUUUCGUGAAUAUGCUCGUGGCACGGAGGCGGCGUUGACAUUUGGCGUUGAAUUUCAACAUUUACGUUUCUUAGGGCCAAUGUUUCGAUGGAAUAUUUUUGAAUUAAUAUUACUUGUUGUCUUUCUUCUUACUCUUCUUUUUACUAUAACAAAAUGUUGCUGCUGCAAUACGCAGCAGCAGCAGCAGCAGCAAUUGACAUCUCUUGCCCCUAUACCUCCUCCGUUGCAGCGGCUGCUUGAAUCAGUAACAACAGAGCCUUCUGCUGCUGCUGCAGCAGCAGCAGCAGCUGCUGCUGCUGCAGCAGCAGAUAAGCAGCAGCUAACAAUUGCAGCAGAAGGAGCAGACACCCGACACAAGAAGAAAGGGUUUGGGCGUUUCUUUAAGAACACAGCAAAGCAGCAGCAGCAGCAGCAGCAGGAAUUGUUUCAGCAGCAGCAACAGCAGCAGCACCAUCAACAACUACUCCAGCUACUGCAGCAGCAACAGCAGCAGCAACAGCAGCAGCAGCAGCAGCAGCAGGACAGCCCCUUUGGUCAUUAA